AUGAAGCUGAUAGCGAAACUCGGUGGUGGGGGGUCGGGUAAUAACACGAAGGAACUCACAAUUUCCAACCCCGAAGCAACACUCAACAACUUGCGCACCGUCAUCGCAAUAAACUUCCGCCUUCCAUUAGGUAGUUUUCGCUUGCAGCAUGCCACUUUCGACCUCAAUGACGAUAAACGUUUACUGCGCAAUAUUGGUAUUCAGGAUGGUGACACCAUUACGGUGGUAGCGAAGCAUGAGCGAGAGGAGAGUGGGAGCGGGAGCGGGAAAUCAAAGGAAAAUGGAUCUGCAGUACCGCCCCCACCAACCACAGCAGGAACUAUGGAAGGGAAUUCUGAAGCCGUCACUGGCGUUGAGAAGAGCGGGACGGAAGAAGCCGAUGGGGACGAGGAAAGUGAGUUUGAUGAGAAUGAUGGAAGUGAUGGAAGUGAUGAUGAUGAUGAUGAUGACGAUGGUCAGGAGGCAAUGCUCGCACGCCUCUUCGAGGUUCCAAACCUCAUUGAGAUGCGGCAGCGUUUUCUCGCCGACCCGGAAGGGGUGUUACGGCAAAUUAGUGCGGACGAUCCGGUGCUUUUGGAACUCAUAGCCAAAAACCGCCAGGCCUUUCUCGACCUUGUCUGUAAUGACAACUUUUUUGAGGAGCUGCAGCGGGACAGAGAAGAGGGCGUGAUGACAACGGAAGAGGAUGAAGAAUUUGACGAAGAAAUGUUAGAGGAAGUAAUGUCACAGUUUUUGGCAGCAGCAAGUGACUUGGAUGAUGAAGCUGUUGUUGAGCAGCAGGAUGAAGAUGGUAGUGAGACGCAACGCUAUUUGGACCGUGUUCCUACGGAGGUGGAAGAGGAAAAGAUUGAACAAUUGAUGCAGCUAGGUUUCACACGAGAGCAGUGUAAAGUAGCCUUCUUCAAGGCAAAGCGAAGCAUUGAACGAGCAGCAAAUUUGUUGUUCGAGAACCCGCCGCAGUUAUAA